AUGAAUGAUGAACUGGAAUGCUACAUAAAGCAAAAGAUCACUUCGCUGUUGAGGAUUCGAAGCGACGUUUUUAAUGGCCUCAUACAGGAAGGACAGAAUAAGGACGAUUUAAAUUACUUCUUUCUAUCGGCACCUGUAAAAAGCACUUUGUUUUUCGUGCUACAUAGGUACACUUACGAGGACGAAUCGAACGAAGUAAUAGACACCUUCCAAAAUGACGAGGAGCAAGACACAAAAGAUUCUAGUGGGGAUACACAAAAUGGAGGAAAGGAUAAAGGAGAAGAAACAACAGAGCAAAUAAACAAUCACAGCCAUGUUGAUGAAACUGACAACGGAGUGAAAGGCAAAAGCGAAGAAGGGGAAAACGAAAUAGCGAAUGAUGAUGGGGAAAAGACGCCAAAAAGGGAGGCAAAUGGCACGAAAGCAGAAUACGAAUCGGAAAUUCCAUCCCCAUCAGAGGAAGCGAAUAAUGAUAAAGUGGAGACAAAUAUAGAGGUAAACAAAAAGGAGAAACAACAGACCCAGAGUGCCAACAAGUCUAUUGAUAAUUCCACAGAUGGGGCGAAUAAGGAGGAUGAAAAGGAGGAGGCAUCACCAAAGGAGAACCCUCCCUCUGAAGAAAAUAAUAAUAAGAAAGAGAAAAAAACGAAAACACGGUACACCUUAAAAAUGAGCUUGGGACAUAUAGAAGCGGACGACGUGAAAGAAGAAAAUGAAGAAGCGACAACAGCAUCCAACAUCGUCUCCAACACAGCAGAGGAGACAAACAAAAAGAAGACACAGGCAACCAAGCAAAUAGUGUACUUGUUAAAAAUUAAAAGUGCCCCAAAUUAUCACGGGCACGAAAACCUGGACGAGUAUUUCAACACCAAUUACACGUUUGGAAAUUUACACCACAAUUAUAUUAACAAUCUGAAGGCUUACUUUAAAACCUUUUUUAUCCCCUUGUUUCAAUGCUUACUAAAAAAAAACCAAGUGUUUGAGUACAUCGGGAAGGACAUAGACCAAAGUGUAAAAAUUGACCAGGUUUUAAGCAAACUACAGCAUCUUAAAAAAACGGAAAUGCUGACCAACCAAAUAGAUUACACGAACGAAUUGAACGAAAAUAAAUAUUUGUAUAUCAUGGAGAGAGGAAAACACGCAGAGGAGUUGAAUGAAUUCGGGACAGAAGACAAGGCUGUGGAUGGGAUAACAAAAACUAAAAGUAACAACCGAGGUUACAUUCCAACUCAGGAUGGAAUCCAUCCUAGUGUGACAAAGAAAGAGGAAAAUUUGCACAAAAAUAAAAACCUCCUUAACUCCUUCUACUACCUGUUAAGCUAUUACAAACAAAUUUUGAAAGUGGAACAAAUGUCGUACAACGAAAUUAAUGCUGACAUAAUGAAACUUAAGGAUGACACAAUUAACAUAAACAAUUACCUGAGAAACAUUUCAAACAUAAUAAAAGAUUUUAUCAUCAAAGAAAAGAAAAAUGAUUCAAAGAGGAAAAAUGACAAAACGGCAGUGGAGUACUGGAAAGAAAGGUAUCACAGAAUUUACAGCUUAAUUGAAAAAAUUAACAGCAAAAAGUUUGAACAAAUUAUAGAAAAUAUUAAGGGCAAAAAUUACAACGAAGAAUUGUGCAACGAAAUAAAAUUACUAAUCAAAGAGGUGGAAAAUAUGCACAUGGAAUCAUUUGAAAUGAUCAAAUUUAGUAAAAUUUUGGAAAAUUCUUUUGAAUCUUUAAAAUGUAAUCAUAUCAACCAAAUGAAAAAUGGCAUUAAAUUGGUCACUCGAAAAUUAAAAAAUAUAUGGCUAAGUUCAAAAUAUUUCCGAAAAGAUGAAAUUAUAAUUGCCUUCUUUGUUAGACUCUCCGACAUUAUAUUCGAAUUUAUCCUUUUCCUAGCCAUCAAGGUCAAAAAAAUGAAUAAGCCAAAGAGAAUAAAAAAGGUCAUUUCCAAAUGUAUAGACAUUUUAAAAUUUUACGAAAAAGAAUUCAUUUACGUCAAAUUAGACAUCGAAAUGAUCGAUAUUCGAAAAAAUUGGUACUUUGACAAAAAUAUUAUUUUCAAAAAUAUAAGACACUUGCAACAUGUCUUGGCUACGCUAUACACCGUUUAUUCAGAAAUUAUUUAUUUCACCGAUUUGUGUCUUCUAAAAUUGAAAAAGUUGGUAAAUAAUAAGCACAUUAUGAACAGCAUCAUCCUAGAAAUUAAUAAGUUGUACGAACCCUUUAACGAUGUACUUAAGAAUAUCUACCUAUACGAUGACGAGUCGAUAAUGCAGCUGAUGAAAAGGCUAAAUGAGCAAUGUUUGAAGAUAGAAAAAAAAUGCAUCAAAAUUAUUUAUAUUCAAUUUUCCAAUUUGAGGAACACAAAAUCGACAUACCUCUUAGUGCAGAAGUUUCAAAACUUGAAGAGGAGUUACAAAAUCGAUAGACUCCUGAUUAAGAAGCUCUACGAUAUUUUAUUUCUGUACAAAAAGGAACUCUACCUUUACAUUGACCUGUUUAAUAACAUGUGUGCAAAAAAAGACCUGGACAUUUACAAAAAGUUUCUCUUCUGUUUAAAUAUCUACAAAAAGAUAAAAAUGCCAAUUUUAAUAUUCAAAAAUAAUAGCUAUAUCACCACCUCUAAUGAGUACAAAAUUAUUGUUAAGCUGUACGUCAACUUUUGCAAAAAAAUGUUUUCCUACAUUGUCGAGACUUACGUCAUAUGGAAGAACAAUUCACUCUCUCAAAUGAAUAAGUUUCUCUCUUCCAAUAUAAUAACCAUAAACAAGCAGCUGAACUUUUUUUAUGUAAUCAAUUUUGAUUGCACCUUUUUUAAGACCUUAUACGAAUACGCCUACAUUGAAUCGAUUUACGAUUUUUACACACCGAUCGAAAUUUUGAACAUGUACAAUUUAAAGAGAAAGCUGUACAGGUAUUUGUAUGAGCUGAACGAAAUAAUUUUUUUCUUCAAAAAUUUUACUACAACCACAUCCACCAUUCAACAGAAAGUCCUCAUAAAGUUUUUUCAAUGCUUCGAACAGAAACUCAUAUAUAUAUCGAACAAUAUCAAUUGGCUAAAUUUAAAUAUAGACCACUACAUAAACGAUUUAAAAAAUUGCAAAAGUGUAAUCGAAAAUGUGCAUGUAUCUCUCUCUUACUCCCUCAAUAGCAUAGACAAAAUUAUUCACAACAUGCAAAAUGUUAACUUGGUUAGGUACAUAGAAUGGGGAAACAUGAAACCUUUGCACAUUCAACCAUUCUUCAAUUAUUUUGAAGAAUAUAGAAUAAAUCAAGUCCAUAAUAUUUUACAAAAAUACAAAGAAAUAUCACAUAUUUUAAUUAAAAUAGAACAAAUAGUUGAGAAAACCAAAAAGGGAAGAUGUGAAAUCAUGGACGAGCUGUAUUAUCUAUACCAAUGCAAAAUUUACAAGUGCCUAAGUCUUAUUAUCAUUAAAGGGUUAUGCAAUUAUGAAACCCUAAUUGAAAAUGAUUUCCAGAAAAAACUGCUAGAAAAUUAUAAGCCUUGUCUAUACAUCAAGGAAGACAUUUAUUCGGAUGUUUUUCUGAACAACUCCAUACAAAAUAUCUUCAAGUUGAUUUCUAAAUUGUUAACCAAUUUACUUCUAACCUCUUCCGAGUUUAUUAGAUGGCUGGACUACUCAUGCAUUGAAGUGCCCAUAUCGCUCAAGGAAGACUUCGAAUUUCUCAAAAUGAAAUUCUCCUUCUACCAAAGCGUUAGCAAAAAUAAAAUUAUCAUCGACCGGAUCAUACACAUACAUCAGUUAAUACAAAACGUUUUCCAAAAGGCAAACAAAUACAUAUACAGUUUUAUGAAUUAUGAUAAUAUUAUAAACUCCAUUGUUAGGACACAGAGCAGCUUUAAUAUUCACCAAAAUAUUUCUUACCCUCUGAUUUACUAUGAUAAUAUCCUAAAGAAUAUUAGCAACAUUCAAAAUAAGAUUGACAAGGAGAACGAUAAAAAGACCAUUCAAUUUAUCUCGCUCAACAUUUCAUUCGUACUUAACUCGAUAAAAAGCAAACUGCUCGACUCUAAGAAGUUCUUUUUUAACAACCUACAUUUUAUAUUCACCACGCUGAAGUGCUCUACGCUCAGCGAAAUUACGAAAUAUAGCGGCAUACUGGAGACAUGCACCAGCUCCAUGGACAAGUACGAGAAUAUCAUAAAAACGAUAAACACGAUUAAGGCUGAAAAUAUAAACAUUGAAAUGAAUAUUCAAAAGACGGAAGAAAUUUAUAACAUGCUUACCAUAUACGGUGACAACACAACAAAGGAGGAACAAAAGGAAAAGUUGCUUCUGCUGUAUCCCCAGUACCUAAGUAUGCUCAACUCCGCUUUCUUCAACGACAACCUCAUGUUUAACAUAAAGCAGGAGUUUUACAAAAACACCAAGAAUAAGAUAACCGUCUUUGAAGAAAAGGUGAAAAGUAUUUUGAAAAAGUUUCAUAUGUUCGGACCGUCCUCAGAAAAUAUCGACUUAAGCGAAGGAAUGGAAAGCUUAAAAAAAUACAUCAACGAUUUCAAAACAAUGGAAAUUGAAAAGGAGGAAAUAAUUAAAGCCCAAAUUUUGUGCAACAUGAAAAUUUUCCAAUUCGAAAAUUUCUACCUCCUAAAGAACACCAUAAAGAUUUACAACUCGAUCUACUCCAUCUACAAUUCAUACACCACUAGGAUAAAUGACUUCCUCGACGUUAUAUACUACAAGCUAAAUAUUAAGGAAAUAAAUAAAUCCUUAAAGGAGGUAAAAAGCGAGUUGAUGGAACUACAAAAGGAUCAACCCGAGGCGAAGAACAUUUUGCCAUUCAAAAAAAUAAAUGAAGAACUAAACAAAAUGAACACAACGCUGAUAAUCGUGUAUCUUCUACAAAACACAAACAUGAAAUUGACCAACUGGCAAGAAAUAAUAGACCUUCACUUGAAGAGAAACAACAUAAAGGACCCAGUUACCUUUGAAAACACCAUCAUCAUUAACGAUAAAAAUAUUAACAUCAAGUCGAUCACGCUGUAUGAUAUGUACGAGCUGAAAAUAUAUCUCUACUUUAACGAUAUCAAGUACAUUAUAUACAAAAUUAAGGAAGUGGAAAAGUUAGAAAAACACCUGAACAAAAUUGAAAAUAACUGGAAACAGGAAACACUAAAAAUUAUAAAAUGCAACGACCACUUCAUAUUGGACAACAACAAAAACAUAUUUAAGAAUAUCAAAAAGACAUUUAACGAUUUGCACCAAAUGAGGAACUUAAAUUUCGCGCAAGAUUUAAUACCCAAAAUAACUCAUCUGCAGAACAAGCUGCUUUUUAUUCAUGAGCUCUUGUCCCUAUGGAUGCUGACCCAAGACAAAUGGGCUAGACUGGAAAGAUUUUACAACAAUGAAAAUUUCAAUCACUUCAGUAACGACAUGAAAAAUUUUAACAAAAUAAAUAGAACCUACUUUGAGAUAAUGAAAAAUGCGAAGAAAAAUCUGAACUUAUUUCACAUUUGUAACACUCAGUUUUUUUAUUUUUUGAAAAAUUAUUACGAGCGUGUGUUAUUUUUGUCAAACGAGACAAUAAGCCUAUUGCAAGAUAAAAAAUUUUCCUUUCCGGAUUUUUUUUUCCUGAACGAUGAGGAGUUGUUCUGUCUACUGUCUAACACUGAGACAGAGAAUUUGAAAAAAUAUUGCUUCAUAAUUUACGAAGAACUUUUGUCCUUUAACGACAUAGACAAAACGAUCGUCGAAGUCGUUACUACGAAGCAUAACACGCUCAAUUUAAAAAAUGGGGUGAAGAUAAUAGGGAUAGACACAUAUGUCAUUUUGAAAGAGAAAAUCAAAAGUACCCUGAAGGAAAACAUCAUAUCGAGUUUGAAAAGCUACUACAACACUAACAAGAUAAUCCCGAUAAUCAUGAACAAUGUGUCCGUCGUUUCCAUCACAGUCAUAAAAAUAAUUCUAAGCGAAGAAAUGAAAAAUGUGCUCCAGCACAAAAGUGUGGAAUACACCCAAGGGGUUCUGGACAAGCACAAAGUUUUGUGCAACGACAUAGCAGAGGAAAUAAAAAAAGAAAAAGGAAAAAAUGUGCAGAAAAUAGAACAAGCCUUAAUUAUAUACUUGGAAUUUAUGGACACGCUAAAAAAAAUCAUACAAGAAAAUUUAUUUGAUGAAAACAACUUUUACCUGCACUACCAAUUUAGAUACAGUGUCGACAAGAACAAGGAACAGAUCGCAGUAAAAUAUGGGAGCUACUCUUUUAAAUACAAUUAUGACAUAUUAGAACAUAACAGCCUACUCAUAAACAUGCUGCCGAAUAAUAAGUACGUCUUUUCGAUCUGCUCCAAUAUGAAUAAGAGCUACUACAACAUCUUGUGCGGGAACAACAAAACGUGCACUAUUCGGUACAUCACAUCUACACUAGGCUACGCCUUGGUCUUCCAAAAUGUGGACGAAAUGAAAGUGGAACUAUUGUCCGUCCUCACAAACGCAUUCAGAUCUAUCCAAACAUGCCUGAAAAAGAAGGAGAAGAACAUUUACCUCUUCAGCAAAGACGUGGUGUUUAAUAGCAGCUCCGUGAUAUUCUUUACGUCGAAAUCGUGCGGGUGCAGAAGCGUCCCCAUCAAUUUAAGGAGCCUGUGCAGAGAAAUUGUCAUAAACAAUUGCCAACAGAUCGAACUUGUGGAAAUGCUCCUCUACGUGAACAAUUUUCAAAACGUGAAAAAUCUGUGCUUAAAAAUUUACAAUUUUCUGGAGUACUUAAAUUUUAUUUAUUUUAAUUCUGAAAAUAAUGUACUAAAUGACAUCAUCAACAUUAUAUGGUUGUGCAAGAAGGAAAAUGAAGACAGGAACACAGACGAGUUGCUUGCAAAAUAUAUUUUUAUCUACUACUACGAUAAGUUAAAAGAUAUCAAGCAGAAUGAGCUGCACAAUUUGAUAAAAAAAUUUCUAGACGUGGACCUGAAUAUGAAAUAUGAUUUGCAAGACGGACGGGAACGACUCAAGGAGCUGCUAAAAGAGGAGUGUAUUUAUCUCAAAGAAGACCUGUUCCACAAGUACGAGAAGGACGUGUACGUGCUGAAAGAGAAGCUUCAUAAUCAGUCCCUGUCUUUACUCUAUGGAAGACCCCAUACGGGAAAGUCGACACUGCUAAAAAUUUAUAGCAAAUUGUACGGUGAUAAAUAUGGUUUCAUAUAUUUGGACUCCCUGUAUGAUUCCCAGAACCAUUUCAACGAAACUUUUCUACGCCAAGUUAUAAAGAAGAAACAAGAAAAGCACAAAAAAUACACACUCAUCAUGAAGCUCAAUUUUCUGAAUCCCAUCAUAUACAAUGUGCUGUCCUUGGAUAACCUGGUUUACCCUAAAAGGGAGAACAUAGACGGUGCGGACGCAGAAAACGGCGUGAAGAUAAUAAUUGAGUGCAAAGACAUAUCGGCCAUGGAUCCAUACCUGCUGAACAAAAUGAACAAAAUUGCCAUCAAGGACAACAUCAACAUUUACAAUUAUUUUAAAAACAAAAGCUCCAAAUUGAUAGAUGACAUUCUUAACACAAACGUCUUCUUCGAAAAAAACGCAGAGAAUGAUAAAACGUCUUUAACAUAUAUAAACAACUAUGAAGAAAAAAAAAAAAUUCUUCUCGAAUUGUACAAUGAAUUGAAGUUAUUUUAUAGGAAUUUCUUUCUUCCAAUUUUUCAUUACAUAGAAAGGAAAAAAGGAAAUCACUUUAACAUAAAUAAUUAUUACACAAAAGAAGAAUACGUAAAAAAUAUAAUCCUAAGUGAUGGCCACAUAUCACGCACUUGUCUAUUCCACACCAAUGUGGAAGAAAAAGUAAUCAUAAAUAAUUUCAUCGACAUUUUUAAAAGCAACAUAUUAAUUUUUUUAAGAGAACGGGAACUGAACCACAGUCUACCCACUGAGGACGCCAACACAGGCAGUGCACAUAACGAUUUGUCUACUUUGCCACAAAUGGUAGAAGGACAAGAAGGUGUACACUGCCAGAAGGAAGCGGAACUAACUGAACAAAACUACGAGAAAUACGUCACGAACGAGGAAUACGACUUGGAUAAUAUAAACAAAAAUUACAUAGAAAAUGUAUGUAUAUUACAAGCUGAAGCGGAAAAUAAUAAAAAAGUAGAAUUGCAUAGCAAAAAAGAAAUCUCUAAAAUUUCAAUCAUUAAAGAGAAGGCUCUUUUUAUUCUAUUAAGUUGUCUGGUUUUUUUGUUUAACAAUUUUUUAAAUGAUCAGGAGAAAUAUAACUUUUUUACCUUUUUGAAACAAUUGGCUUCUUCUAAUAACGUCAAUUUGGGCACACAUGUUAGCAGCAACUUUGGCAGCAAUUUCGGAAACUCCUUUUACCACAUACAGAAGGAUGCGUGGAUUCCAAUCAGUGAUUUUUUUAUGUCCUCGCCGAAAAAGCACCUGGACGAAAAAUUCUUAAUAUAUUACGAUGAAGAAAUGCAGAAGAGACUAAACUCUAUUAGCUUGCUGUACAGGGGAGAGUCCAACAUUUGCCUGAUCGGAAGCACAAAAAACUGCAAAACGGCCAUACUAAAGGAAAUCGUGAAUAAUCACUCCAAAAUUGACCACCUCAUGAUCGACGUUUUAAAAAACACAAAUGUGUUAAAUUUUAAAGUGCUUUACGAGAGGAUGACAAAAAAAAACGUCAAAAAGUAUUUCCACCACUCCGUCCUCUAUAUCUGCAUAGACGACAUCCAUAUUAAUUACGAAAAAGGAAACAACCCGUCCAUCGAAUUCCUGCACAAUUUGCAAAGGAACUUGUGUUACUUUGAGAACAAAUCCCUUAGCGUCCAAAAUGUGAAGAGCAUAAUAUCUAUAAAUUUCGAGCACAUGAAAAGGAAUAGCUACUAUGAAUCUGUUUCCUAUUCUUAUGCCUCGAUUUUUUUAAACAACAGCAGAAAGGGCCUAGUGGGUUAUUUUAGCGCACUCGUGAAUCACACUCUGAAGGGUGCAUUCCAGGGUAUACACACCAAGCUAGUAAACUACAGCCUCGACAUCUUCUUCAAAAUACAUGAAGACAUCAAUUUUGAGGAGAAAAAGGAAAACCACUUGCUGUUCACGAAGGAAAAUAUUUUUCUACUCUACGAAGAUUUCUUUUACACCAAGUGGAAUUUUCAAAAUGAGCAGGACGUCGUCGCAAAUUGGUGCGAAAUUUCCGCACGUAUCAUCCUGAAUAGGAUCCUCAAAAAGGAGAACAGAAAGGACAUCCUCAAAACGAUGAGAACUAUGGCGGAGAAGCACUUUGAACACCUAAACCAGGAAUGCUCCUUCACCUACUUGAAUUACUUUAACAAAGAGGUACACGAAAAGAUCGACGCAGAUUUGCUGAAAGACGAAUUCGUGAGGAGCCUAAGCAGCUACAAUAACCUGUACAUAAACACAAAAAUGUUCGUAGAAUUCUACUUUACAAAUAUAAUACAAGUCUACAAAAAUAUAAGUAAAAAUAUAUAUUCCUCGAUGAUCAUUUGUAUGAACAAAAAGAGAGCCAUCAUAUUGCUAAACGCAAUUGCAUUUAUGUUAAAUAUAAAUACUGUAUUGAUUAACAAGUGUAAUAAUUUGGAAACACCUCAAGACAAAAUUAACUACUACAACAGAUUAAGAUUUAAGAGACACCUAUUCAUACUCAUAAAUCAUUCCUACCAUUUUGAUGAUUAUUUUUACUCUUUAAUUUAUAAGAAGUUUCCCUCUGCUCUCUUUGACAAGAAGGAACUUUUCCACUUGUACACAAAAACGAAUUUGAUAUCGAAUGAGCUCAAGUGGGAGAACAUCCAAACUAUUAUGAAAAAGAAUACCUACGUCUGCUUAGUGCACGAGAAACGGUUCGAUCUUUACUCGAUGAACUUCCAAAAUUACAAAAAUGUUUACAGCGACUUAAAUGUUGUGCACCUGGAUAGCUGGUCCAGGGAGGAGUACACGCACUACUGCCACCUCUUCUUAAAGAACCACCAAGAAAAUCACUUCAUAGAUAAUAUAUUAAACAACUUCAAAAAAAAAGCCAUCCUAAAUACCCUGGAAGAUGACAUCGAGAAGGGAGGCAAAGGCAUCACACUUCACAAAAGGGAAAAGACAAAGGGGAAAAACAAGGCCAACCAAAUCUUCAUCAACUCGGAGGAAUACAUAAAGAAGAAUAAAAACGAUAACCCCAAGGUGAGUGAAAAUGAAAAAGGAAGUGAAGUUGUAACGGAGAAUGUCCUUCCAAAUGAGGAGGAGGAGAAGACAGGCGGUGGGAUGGACGACAAGGCAGACCCUCAGGUGGGAGGCAACAAAGAAGAACACCGUGGAACGGAAAAGGAAAACGGAAGCGAACAGGAUAAAGCAGAUGAUGAACAUGGUCUCGUUCAUGAUAUAUAUGAUGCUAAUAACGAAACGGAAGGAAAUAUCCCGAAGGCGAAUUACGAACAAGGCGAAAAAGAUGUCCAGGGUGAGCUGAACCAAGAUGCGGAGAAACCAAAAGACGAACUGAACAAAACGCAUGACAUCGAUAAAGGAGUACCCGAGGAGAAGAAAAAGAUAAAAAAAGGAAAAAAAAACAACCAAACUGGGAAUAUAAAUAAAAGCGUUGUCAAAAAGAAGGAAGGGCAACAAAGUGGGCACAAGAUAAACGAUAAAGGAGCGAAGAGUGAAAACAAAAAGAAUGCUAAACAUAAUGAGGGCAAAUCCACAUCAGCGUCGCACAUUAAGGAAGGAAUACUUUCUUUGGGGGCUCAAACUAAGGCGAGAAAACCGGGUGAUAAGCCCAUCAAAAGGAGAAUAACAGGCAAAAACGACCCUCCACCGAAAAGCGCAAUCAGUGCUACUUCUUCCAAACAAAACGAUAAAAAGAAGGAAAGACAACCUAUAGAAGGCCCCAAAACGAUGAGAAAAGAGAACGUGCCGCUCAAAAGGGUACCCAAGGUUAACGGAAAAAAGAACGGAGAAAGGGAUACACAUAAUAUGAAAGGAAAACCAGCACAUAAGAAAGUUUCCCAAAAGACGGGUCAAAAAAGUAGCAAAAAGGAAAUGAGCCAAAUGGACAACGUCAUGUCAAACAAACAGAUCAGAGAAAAUACAGAGUGUGAAACGGGCCAGGAUACGAAAGAAUGCGGAAGCGAAAAGAAAACGAAUGACGCAGCAAGAGGUGUCCUUACCAGCGAUAAGAAUGAUGUCCAACCGGAUGAUGAACAAUUGGAAAAAAAGAAAGCGAACCCAAGGAAGGAAGAAUCUUAUCAGAGCGGAAAAGAUGCGGAGGGACAGGAUAACGAGAAGGGACCUCAGCAGAAUGCACAGAAUGAGCAGGAUGUGCAGGACAACGCGGAGAACGACGAAACAAAACACUCGGGUGAAGAUUAUUUUCCAAAAGGAGGAAACGAAAAAGCCGCACAGAAUACACACUACAAUAAAAAAGCAAUACAGGAAUUCAACAAUUUCAGCGAAGAAAUAAACAAGUACAGUUUUUACAGCAUGAUUGAGACGCAACUAGAAAAUGUCGUGGACGUGUUCAUACAAGUAUACUACGAUUUGAAAAACUUUUUAAAAAAAAAAAAUUCCAAUUUGAAUUUUAUACGAAUUAACAAGUACAACUUCAUGGACGCACUAAUUAUGUUUUAUAUUUUACUAAAAAAUAAAUUAAACUACAAAAAUAAACAACUGCACAUGUUCAAAAUGGGGCUGAAAAAAGUGGAAAGCAUAUUUGAAAAUUAUAAUAACAUGAACGAAGAAAUACAGUCCAUUCACUCGUCUAUAAAGAAAACAGAAGAAGAAAUUGAAUAUCUGAAUAAUUCCAUUAAGACAAAUUCAAAGAUCCUACUAGACACAGAACAACAGUUUAGUGCAAACCAACAAGAGCUGAACAAAGUCGCAAAUGACAUUGACGAAAUGAUAGAAAAUAAAAAUGAAUCUGAGAAACAAAUUGAAGAAGAAUGCAUCAACAUUAUAUUUAAAAUUCAAAAUGUAGAAAUUAAUGAAAUUAAAAAUAUACUAAAAAUAGGAACUCCAGAUUUAACACAAAUGUGCAUAGCGAUUAUGAUAAACACACUGGUCAGGAACUCCUUCCUAAAUGAUAAUAAUGACAAUUGGAAUUAUUUUAAAAAUUUUAUCUCCAAGGAAAACUUUUCAAAAUUUUUUUUCAAUUUCAAAAAGGAAAACAUCACUGAUAAACAGAUUAAGAGAAUCAAGGAAUACAUGUUGAAGGAUGAGAUAGUCUACGGGAGGAAGAAAAUUCUCCAAGCGAACAACUUGUUUACGCACUUUUUCGAGUGGAUUACGUUCCUCAUUAAAUAUAAGGAGUAUUACAAGAAUAGCUGUCAGGUGCAAGAAAUCAUUUCAAAUAAUAAGUUAAAAAAAGAACAGUACGAACAUGAAAACGAAAAGCUAAUGCAACAAAUGCACCAAAUAAAGUCCACCAUCAUAAAUAACAAAAAGGAUGUACACACACAAACCGAAGUUGUAGAAAAUUUAAAUAAAAAAUUACAAAUAAUUAAUAAAUCCUACUUGCCUAUUUUUGAAAUCAAACAAUUUUUAGAAAAAAUUAAAAAAAAAUAUAUCUAUACGAUUGAAAAAAUUGAAAAUAAUUAUAAAUAUAUCGUAUCAGAAGUUUUGCUCUUCUCCUUUUUCUUAAACUACUCUUCUCCUUUUAACUACAAGUACAGAUGCUACUUGCUCAACAAAUGGAAACAAAUUAUAAAAAAAAAUAACAUCCUGAUAAGGGAAGACAUCAAAAUUGAAUGUAUCUACUCAUGUGAUAGUAUCGUCUCGCUCUUCAUAUCGGACAACUUCCCUAGACAUAUUUUUUACAUUCAAAAUGCGCUAAUCUCGCUCAACCAUUUCAGGUGGCCACUUCUUCUAGACCAACAGAACAUCGGAAUUGAGUGGCUAAAAAAAAGCUACAGCAACAACUUGGUCAUUCAUAAUUUUGAUGAAAAUUUAAGCAAACAUUUAGACAUGUGCAUAAUAUACGGAAAGAGCUUGAUCAUUCCAUUUUUUAAUUUUCAAAAUUUGUACAUGUAUGAUAAGAAGAAUGACGAGGGAUUCAACUGCGAUGAUCAAUACGAGGACAACUGCAAGCGCGUGCGGUCUGAUCUCUUGGCCAAGAAAAACUUCCUCAAGUUUAAGCUAAAUAGCAGGGAGAUCAAGCUGAACUCCAACUAUGGCAUCCUCGAGCCCGUCAUCGAGCGCAAUGUGUACUUGGCCAACGGAAAGUAUUACAUCAACAUAGGUAAGAAGAAGCUCGAGUACAACAGCCAAUUUAGGCUCUUCCUCGUGAGCGACUUCAAUGACAGGUACUUCCAAGACAUAGAGGACUACGUGAACAUCAUUGACUUCCAGAUAGACAAAAAUUUAAUAGUAAACAAAAUUGUUAACAUCAUACUGAAACACGAAGACGAAAAAAAGGUCAUCAACUUUAACACGAAGAUUAGAAACUUUUACGAGACCAAGCAGACGCUGAAAUUUCUAGACGACGGAAUGAUCAUUGAGCUGUGCACAUUUAACCACAAAGCAAAUAAUAACAAAAAUUUGAUGAACGUUAUAAAUAGCAAUGUUUUGAAAAAAAUGGAAAUAAAGAAAAUGCUCAAGGAGUAUAAACAGGAAAUUAACAAAAUUAAAAAUUCUUCAGAAAAUAUAAAGCUCCUGGGGUACCGAUUCCAUACCAUUUACAAAGUGCUACAGAAACAGUCCAAAGCAAAAUCUACUUACAGCUUCAACUUUAAUUAUUUGUUAAAUAUCCUGAACAACUUAAUUAAAAACAUCAACAAGAAGAUGCUAAUUUGUAACUUUAAUCAGUUGAUAAAAAAAUUCACACACAACUGCUUUGUGUUCCUGUUAAACACGAUACAUAAGAAGGACCACCUCUUUUUCAGCUUCCUCUUUUACUCCUCUUUAAUAUUCGAAGAAAAAAAGCUCCAUCAAAUUGGUAGGUCUAUCAAAGUGGAAAAGGAAAAGUAUUACUCCCUGUUUUUACAAAUUCAAAAAAUAGGAAACAUGGACACACCAGAUUCGCUCUCUCUAAAAAUAGAAUGGCUAAAUGAGAAGAAGAACAGACAGCUCCAAUUUUUGCACAACGAAUCCCCAAAUUUCAAAGCACUCAUUCAAGACAUGAACAAUAACUCUAUGGAAUAUCUCAAUUGGUACAAGAAUAAAAGGCCAGAAGAGAAUUUGUUCUUUCUAAAAAAAACACAACUAGAACAGUUAGAAAAGUUAGAAGUUAUCCUAUUUCUAUACAUUAUGAGGAAGGAUAGGCUGUAUUAUUAUAUACACUUUUUGCUCUCGAGCUAUUUGGACUUGUCUGAAAAUAUGAAUACCGCUACCCAUUUGAAUCUGUCCAAGGAUCUAAACUACAUAGAUGCGAAAACGUUUAUGUAUAUUACAGAACCGAACACUUAUUAUGAUCCCAUUCUACUCAAACAUAAAGCAACAAAAACGCUCAGCGUGGGAAAUAAUUUUAACAGUGAAAUACAAAUAGUAAUAGAAACUUCGCUACAAAAUGGAAAUAAAUUAUUACUAGAAAAUUUCCACUUGAUAAAUUUUAACAUUGAAAAAUUUUACGAAAUUUAUAAUAACAAAAAAAUUCAUUCCAAUUUCGAAUUGUACUUAACAUCAGAAAAGGGAGAGACAUCUCUGUCCAUUAUGAAGAAAGCCAUUAAAAUAUAUUCACACAAAAAUGAAUACUUAAAAAAUUUCCUCACAGAUUUAUUUUCCUACGUCCAUCAUAUGUAUAAAGACAAAUUGAAAAAUAAUUUUGUAAACUCUUUUCUUUUUUCUCUUUCCUUUUUUCAUAGCAUUUUAGCAUCCAGAUGCAAUUAUGACAAUUACGGUUUUGAUGAACCCUACUACUUCGACAUGAAGGAUUUCGAAAAUACAUUCGACUGUCUUCUGGCAUAUUUCAAUUUUGUUCAAAUGAACGCUGCUGUGCCUAGCGGAUCUAACUCAUGUACACCUACCUCUAACCUUCUUAGUGAGAAACCUGCCCACGAGGAAACGCUUAUCCAGGAAGUUAACAUAAACUGGGCCUUCGUAAAAGAGAUUAUCCUAAAUGGGUAUGGAAACAAAGUCAACGCCAAUGAUCGGAAAAUAAUAAAAAGCUACAUAAAGGAAUAUUUCAACGAGUACUCCUUUAACGAGAAAAACGAGUUCGUCUACUCGGCAGACGAAAACUUUGAUUACAAAUUUGUGAUGAACAGAUCCAUCAAGGAGUAUGUCAAUUUGAUUAAGAGCUACCCCCUCUUCAACAGCUGCAAAACGUAUGGAAUGAAAAUCGAGGCUGACAAGAAGCAGCACGAACAGUACAAUGAAAAUAUGCUCAAGAAUUUGGAAAAAAUCUGCAGCAAGGAAAUUUUAAUAUACAAGAAGGAAAACAAUGACGGCGAUAUUUUCUUCAACCUGGACAGUGACUACUAUUCGAGCUCGCUGCUCAACACGGAUGAUGAGCAAAGUGGGAAGUCCCCCCGAGGGGGUGAUAAACCGAAUGUGUAUGCAACAGAAGGGCUUGAAAAGCACACACGUGAAUGUUCAAACGAGGGAGAGACAAAUGAUACCCUUCAAGUUGACUAUAUGAGUCAACACGGUGACGGCCCAACCACGCCUGACGCAAACGAUGACACGGGCGACGACAAGAAGGACGACACAAAAUUGUUCAUAAAAACGUGCACCUGGAGUCCCAUGGAGGAGGAAGAACUCAGCAGACGCAGAGCGGAAAAUAUGGACUUCCUAAAGAAGAUAAAAAAAUUGAACGAAUUCUACGAAUUGAUAAAGAAGCUAAAGGGCACAUUCAAAUCCAACAUCAGCAUUAAUGCAGAGUGGGCCAAAGGAAACAUCACGACCAUCCAAUCAUGUUGCGUAAAGGAAACAGAAAAAUUUAAACGAAUUACAAAUUUAAUAUACAAUGAUGUAAUCAAAAUUGAGCAGGAGUUAAAUAAAAAUAAAAAAAAAAUCGACAAAGUGACCAAGCUAAUUAUGAUUUCCCUCUCUCUAAGUAAAGUGCCAACAAGGUGGAUAUGCAAUUUUAACAAAAAAAUAAAAACAAUUGAAAAUUUUGUUACAUACUAUGAAAACGUCAAGGAGCAGCUGUACUUUUGGAACAUCACAGGGGAAUUGCGUUUUUAUAAUAUACAAUAUCUUUUUGAUCCGUUAAGUUUUUUUAAAGCCUUGUUGAUUAAAUUCAGUUAUGUGCAUAAAAAAAAAUUAGGCGAUUGCAUAUUUUUAUCUAGCAUAAAUAAUACCCUCGAGAUGAGGAAGACAAAAAGUCCCUCCCAUUUUCAGAAAAAUUUCUUCUAUAGCAGUGAUGAACAAGACGCGUUUUCGUCAAACCAAAUUAACUACUCAGAUUAUGUCCACUACGAGGUGGAGUCCUGCUGCAACGUGGAUGUGUCGGGGCUGCACACUUUGAACAACAACUUCGAAUGUCUGGGCGUCAAGUCAAGGAGCAACAAAAAGUACGACGAAAUCCCCGUCGUAACCUUAAGCGUAAUCGAGAGGAGAGAAAAAAAUAUUCUCAAGGACAAAAAAAUACCGCUUUAUCAGUACAAGUAUAACACAAAAUGGAACAAAAAAAAUAACAAAUUUAUAACAAACUUAUAUUUCAAGUCGGACAAACACAAAUCGUUCAUUUACAUUAAUAAGGUGUAUCUGUUCGUUUAUAACUAA